AGCUUACACCAUGGAUGGAUUCUGCCUUCACUAUCUGCUCCUGAUCCUCUUGAUGAGAUCUGGUGAUGUUGAAACCAAUCCAGGUCCUAACGCUGCAGAAAGUACUGUCAGUGAAAUGGAGUUCCUGAAGCUGGCCCAGGAUAUCGAUCCAUCUAACUACUACAAUGUAGGGAUAUCCCUAGGGUUCUCCCAUGCUCAGCUAAAGGCAAUCCUGAUUGAGAAUUUGAAGAACUUCAAAGAUGCCUUGAUGGAUGUCUUUAUGAAAUGGAAUGUCAAGCAGCAACCACCACACUCGAACAAACGACAGGUUUUGGCAGACAAACUACGAGAGAUUAACUUGGGUGGCCUGUCAGACAGAUUGCUCAAUGAACCUCCAAUUCCAAACAGCACAGGAGGGCCAUCAAGACUGCUCGAUUCACAGACCAAACCUCCUUCAGCUGAAUCUCAGACCAAACCACUUUCUCCUGAACAGGUUGAGCGGUGUGCAAAGGAUUUCAAGUUCAAGUACAGGUCAACUAUCUGUAAGAUCAGAGCUGAUCCUCUCAAGCCUUCUUCUCUUGUGGGUUUUGAAAAGCUAUAUGCAAAUCUUGUAUUGGAAGAAGAGGAUGGAACUGGCAAGCAUACUAUAGAUUACAAAGAUUUUCUUGAUCUCAAAGUCAAUGGAGAGUUCCCCAAGCGAAUCAUGGUUCAGGGAGAGGCAGGGGCUGGAAAAAACUACAUUUUGUGCUAAGAUUGCCUGGGACUGGAUUGAAGGAAGGUAUUUCAGUCACUUUGUGUGGGUCUUAAUUGUUCCUCUACGUGAAUUUAAGCAACACACUAUUGGCGAAAUUGCAAAGUCUUAUCUUGACAAAAACAAUCCAGCAACGGUUUCUCAGAUUACUGAGUAUAUCCAGUCAAAUCCAGACAAGGUAUUCAUUGCAUUCGAUGGGCUAGAUGAAGUCAAGGGCAUAAUCGUGAAGCCCAAAUCCUGCAAAUCACAUUCUACUGAUCAAUUGCAACUUCAGCCAUCACAGCCAAGUGUCAACUCUUCAGAGGCAUGUGGAAGCUCAUCUGAAACUGGUGAUAUAGGACUUGUAGAUAUUCUUUGUUCAGAUCAACUUGCCUCUUGCCCAGUCUUGGUUACCACUUGCCCUUGGAGGGCAGUAGAGAUUAGAUCAGAUGGUGAUCUAAUGAAGCUCUACACAUUCAUUCAUGUUGAGGGUUUCAACAGAGAGAAUUUGUCAGUUUACAUUCACAAAUAUUUUCCAAUGAAUGAGGAUAAAGCAAACCAGCUUAUCCAGUUCACCCAUGAGAAUGAUGUCAUAUCUGAAAACAUGGCCCACUAUCCUAUAUAUGUAGCCAUGUUGUGUCUUAUGUGGAAAGAACUUGGUGAGCAAAAACUAAAGGAAAUGAAAUCACUGAAAACUUUUUCUCAAAUAUUCAAAACAAUGAUUGCCUUUCUAAAAGAACAUUAUGCUCAGAAAGAGGUGAAGAAAGUAGGCAGCCCCUCACUUCUUGCCUCUUUGAA